GCCCGCCACGGCCGCCAUCGCCAGGCUGUCCCGGCCCUGGCCUUGUCUGGGAACAGUAAGGCUCUUGUUGCCAGAGGUCGGACGAGCCUUUUCUCUACUAAUCUUUUAUCCACAAAUCCUUCCUUCUCGGGUUCCGCUCCCAGUGCAUGGAGAAGCAGGGCAGGAUGGACUGCCCCGCACUACCCCCGGGCUGGAAGAAGGAAGAGGUGAUCCGCAAGUCGGGCCUCAGUGCCGGCAAGAGUGACGUAUACUACUUCAGUCCAAGUGGUAAGAAGUUCAGAAGCAAGCCUCAGUUGGCAAGAUACUUGGGAAACACUGUUGAUCUCAGCAGUUUUGACUUCAGAACGGGAAAGAUGAUGCCCAGUAAAUUGCAGAAGAACAAACAGAGACUAAGGAAUGAUUCUCUCAAUCAAAAUAAGGGAAAACCAGACUUAAAUACAGCUUUACCAAUCAGGCAAACUGCAUCAAUUUUCAAACAACCAGUCACCAAAGUUACUAAUCAUCCUAGUAACAAAGUACGGUCUGACUCACAGCCAGUGAUGGAGCAGCCACAACAGCUUUUCUGGGAGAAGAGGCUACAAGGCCUCAGUGCCUCGGAUGUCAGUGAACAAAUCAUAAAAUCCAUGGAGCUACCUAAAGGCCUUCAAGGAGUUGGGCCAGGUAAUAAUGACAAUACCCUGUUAUCAGCUGUUGCUAGUGCUUUGCACACCAGUUCUGCGCCUAUCACGGGGCAGCUCUCUGCAGCUGUUGAGAAGAACCCAGCUGUCUGGCUUAAUACAUCUCAACCCCUCUGCAAAGCUUUCAUAGUCAUGGAUGAUGACAUUAGAAAACAAGAAGAGCGGGUGCAACAAGUGCGUAAAAAGCUGGAGGAAGCACUAAUGGCAGACAUUUUGUCACGAGCAGCUGAUACAACAAAAGAUAUAGAUGUAAAAAUGGAUAAUAGAGAUGAAGUGUAAAAAGAAAUCAGGUAAAGUGGAGAUAACUUUUACACAACUAUGAAUACUUUGUUCAGGUAACUCAGACGUAAGAUGGAAGUUUCCAGGCUGUGACCUGUUUAUCAAGGCUGUUGAACAUUCAAACCAGUAUUCAACCCAUAGCAUAGAGGGGUAAUUCCAUGGCAUUUUGGUUCCCUGAUAUAAGAAGAAUAUAAGCCUGGUGCACCCAACAGCCAGAUGUUGUUUUUGCACUCAGUAUCGGGACUGUGCACUAGGUUACCGCUUCAGAUACAAGGGUGUGUUGCUUGAGUAAAUUCUUAUAACUAGAAACAAAAUGUGUUUAAAAUGUACAGUCACUUUUAUUACUUAUAGUGUCAGUGCCACAUAAAGGAAAACUUGGUCUUUAUAAAUGAACAAAAGCUAUUUCCCAGUGUUGUUUGCUGGCAACUUAACAGGCCAGAAAUCUUGAUGAUUUCUGGGCUACUGGAUUCUUUUAAUUACUUUCUAACAGCUAUUUACUAUUAAACUCCUAAUCCAUGAGUAUUUCUCCUAUAAAACUAAUUAUGGAUAACUUUAAAGGAAGCUAAGAAAGAAUAUUAGUUUAAGAUUUGACAUUUCAAAUAUUUGCCAUUUUAGAAUCAAAUUUUCAUUUUGCUUUUUUUUAAUUUUUAAUAAAAUAAUUAUUUUCUAAUGGAGUCAUAAAUCUGUAUAAGUGGUUAUUUCUGCACUGGUACUGUGGUUCUCUGCAAGAAUCAGUUGGAUCAGUAGAACUUGAGUUUUGUCAACUUGUAAGCUCAUUACCUUUUUACAUGUGUGUAGCCAGUGUACAUGUAGACAUUAAUGUAUUGGCUGUGUUCUGUAAAACUGUUUUGGUUUUUUUUUCCUUAGUGGUUUUAAUUAUUGACUUGAACAAGAUUUUUGAGUAAGUGGAUUAAUUAAUGUAAAAUAUCUUGAAAUAUUCAAGUUUUUGUUUCCUUUUUACAGACUAAUGUUCCAGUAAGAUCUUUUUAUAUUAAGAAACUUUUCACAUACACAUUGUGCUGUACUUAAACCCCAAGAAUUCAGAAAGGGAUUUAAGGCUGUAAUACAGUACUGCAGAAGCCUGGGUGAUGUGCCAGGAAGGUGUGUGGUGAAAGAGGCUGGAUGGUGAAAGCAUGUUAUAUAUGUGCAGGUUGUGCUUAAUGAAAAAGUAACUAUGCACCUGCAGGACUCUUAACAACAGAGCAGCUACUUACAUUGUAUUGUUUGUUACCCACUUACGAACUAUUUAUGGUGUGCUCUUAGUAUGGGACUGAAACACACCUAAAACUGCUCCAACUAAGUAAUUCUAAUUGAUGUCACCAUCAUCCUUUACUUUUCCACAAGGGGUUGUUUCUGUCUCUUUUACAGGUACUUUUAACUGACUUAUCCCAGGAAGAACUUCCUAAAAGACAGAGGCACUUUCUCCUUCAGUCUUUUGUUAUAAGAAUAAAUAGACCCAUGCACAUUUUUAUAGCUUUCUAAUAUCAUUAAAACCAAUGCUUUUUUUAGACUUCUAUUUUUGAUGCAAGUAUCUUAUUUGAAAAGUAACUUUGUGUCCUAUGACUUAAAGUCCUUUUUUAAGUAUCGAAUGUUAACCUUGAUCUAAAGCUGAGCUUUUGAUGCCAGGUUGUAAACUUACUGGAAUUAUAUUGCCUGUACUAAAUAUUUGUUUUUCCUGUGGUUUUUAGUAAGAAUAGAUCAGAAGAACCAAAUAAUUUCCUAAUUAAAGAUUAUUGUGACUCUGUAUAUAAACAUAUUUUUAUACCUAUGGCUGAAAACACCUGUACAUUCUUCUGUCAUCACUGUAAAGAUAAAUAAAUUAUUAUAAUCUAGCAGUUGAAAAUUUGUUCUGUUGUGGAUAGAUUAAGCAAAGAUUGUCCCUGCUCAUAUUUCAGUGUUCCCUUGGCCAGAUACGGCAUGACUUCCAGAGUUCUGCUUUGAGGUCAAGGUGAGAUAAUAAGGAAAGUGUCUUUGGUGCAGAAUGCAGCAUGGGCCAAAACUUGGUCUUGUUUCUGUCUAUCCAGACAAAGCAAGUAGGAUGUCAGGGCGGCCUACAACACUGCAAAGAUUUACAUGAUACGAGCUGGGUCUGUCACAGUUAAUUAGAAAACCCAGAAAUAAUCAAAAAACUGAACAGGUUUGCUUAACUUCUCUGGGGGCUUAAAGACUAAAUUGCCUAGCAGGUCAGAGUACUUCCAAGGUUAGAAUAACAUCUGCUUCUCCAGGCCUA